CCGUCUCUCUCACUCAGUCCCUCCAACAUUUUGCUGUCGAGCUCCGGUUGGAACCGAGCGGAUCCUGCUCUCCGGGACGCACCGACAGAUUUAUUCCCAGGACUUGCUUCGCUCCAGACUCCUCCGGACGCCUCAUUUUUAUUUAGAGUAUUUUUCACAGAUAGUGGUGAGAGGAUCUAAGUUCUUUGCAGUCGCGCACCCGGAGCUCCAGGAAGAUGGGUUCGGUCCCCGCCAUAUCGCUCCUGGUCCUGGGCAUCGUGGUCCCCGCGCUGUCCGGAUACAUCGAGGCUUUAGCGGCCAAUGCGGGCACAGGUUUCGCCGUGGCCGGGCCUCAGGUGGCCAUGUUCUGCGGAAAGCUCAACAUGCACGUCAACAUUCAGACCGGCCGCUGGGAGCCCGACCCGUCCGGAACCAAGAGCUGCAUAGGAACCAAAGAGGGCGUGCUGCAGUACUGCCAGGAGAUGUAUCCAGAGUUUCAAAUCACAAACGUGGUGGAGGCCAACCAGCCAAUCCGCAUCGAGAACUGGUGCAAGAAGGAGAAGAAGGUGUGCAAAGGCCACGCCCACAUCGUGGUGCCUUACAAAUGCUUAGUGGGCGAGUUUGUGAGUGACGUGCUGCUGGUCCCCGAGAAAUGCAAGUUCUUCCACAAGGAGCGUAUGGACAUGUGCGUCAGCCACCAGCAGUGGCACGGGGUGGCCAAGGAGGCUUGUUCCAAGAGCUCCAUGAUGCUGCACAGCUACGGCAUGCUGCUGCCCUGCGGCAUCGACAAGUUCCACGGCACCGAGUACGUCUGCUGCCCCGCCACCCGCAGCGGGGAGGCCUCCCCGCCCUCCCUGCCCUCCCAGGAGGACGACGAGGAGGAGGAGAUAGAAGACGAGGAGAUCGACGACCUGGUGGAGGAGGGGGCCGUGCAGAGCAGCGAGACGCCGGCCGACGAGCAGCCCACGCAGAAGGAGGAGCUGGUGGAGGAGGACGAGGAUGAGGAGGAGGAAGACCACUACGAUGCCGAUUACCACUACGUCUACGAGGACGAGGAGAGCAACCACGACAGGGAGGACGAGGACGAGGACGAGGAUGAGGAGAAGAAGGAGAGCAGCAAAAUGUCAGAGGUCCAGGACGAGGACAAGACUCUACAGGAAGUGAAAGCGGUGUGCACCCUGGAGGCCGAGACCGGCCCCUGCCGAGCCUCCAUGCCCCGCUGGCACUUCGACUUGAGCCAGAGGAAGUGCGUGCGCUUCAUUUACGGGGGCUGCGCCGGCAACCGCAACAAUUUCGACUCAGAGGAGUACUGCAUGGCCGUGUGCAAGCGCCUGAUCACGCCGCCGACUCCUCAGCCCACCGACGACGUGGACAUCUACUUCGAGACCCCCGCCGACGACAAGGAGCACAGCCGCUUCCAGAGAGCCAAGGAGCAGCUGGAGAUCCGGCACCGCAACCGCAUGGAGAGGGUAAGGAAAGAGUGGGAAGAGGCCGAUCGCCAGGCGAAGAACCUGCCCAAGUCCGAGAGGCAAAUAUUGGUCCAGCACUUCCAGGCGAUGGUGGAGUCCCUGGAGGAGGAGGCGGCCAGCGAGAAGCAGCAGCUGGUGGAGACUCACCUCGCCCGCGUGGAGGCCAUGCUGAACGACCGCCGCCGUCUGGCCCUGGAGAACUACCUGGCCGCUCUGCAGGCCGACCCCCCCAGGCCUCACCGCAUCCUGCAGGCCCUGAGGAGAUACGUCCGUGCCGAGAACAAGGACCGUCAGCACACCAUCCGCCACUACCAGCACGUCCUGGCCGUGGACCCGGAGAAGGCUGCUCAGAUGAAGUCCCAGGUGAUGACCCACCUGCGGGUGAUCGAGGAGAGGAUGAACCAGAGCCUGUCGCUGCUCUACAAAGUUCCCUAUGUGGCCGAAGAGAUUCAGGAUGAAAUUGGUGAGCUUCAGGAUGAAAUUGACGAGUUGCUCCAGGAGCAGAAGGCUGACAUGGACCAGUUCCUGUCGUCCAUCUCCGAAUCGCAGCCCGACGUCACGGUCUCGUCGGAGGAGAGCGUGGAGGUCCCCGAGGCCGAGGGCAAACCCUACAGGCCCAUCCAGGUCACGUCCCUGGGGUCCCGCUCCGAGCCAGAGGGCGAUCUAUCAGACUCCCCACGUGCCUUCAAGAAAGGCUCCGCCAUGUCUGGCUUAGACGGCCUGAUAGGCGCCGAGGAGAGAAUCAUCAACAGCAAGCCCAAGAUCAGCGGAAAUGUGGUGAUUGAUGAGUCACUGGAUGUUAAAGAAGUGGUUUACAGUGCAGAGAGAGUCAGCGUUAUGCAUGAUGAUGAGCUGGAGACCUACCGGCCCCUGGGAGAGGACUUCAGCUUCGGGAGCAGCGCGCUGAUCGGCCUGCUGGUGAUCGCGGUGGCCAUAGCAACCGUGAUCGUGAUCAGCCUGGUGCUGCUGAGGAAAAGACAAUACGGCACCAUCAGCCACGGCAUCGUGGAGGUCGACCCCAUGCUGACGCCGGAGGAACGGCACCUCAACAAGAUGCAGAACCACGGCUACGAGAACCCCACCUACAAAUACCUGGAGCAGAUGCAGAUCUAACAGCAGCCCGGCGGGGGGCGCUGUGGAGUCUGACAGAGGACAGCAACUGAGGGGGAACAUACUACUGACCAAUAACACAUGAUGCUAUUGUUAAAAUCAUUUGCAUACAUCCAAACUCCAUUUACUGGUUUGUUCAAAACAAUCCCUAAAUAAUGCUACUACUUCUACUACUGCUACUAUUGUAUUAUAGAGCUCUUUUUGAUCAUGUUUCUUUUGAAAAGGUGAUGUAUCUACCGAUUUGCAUAAUGGAAAAAUGUGAUUCAGCAGAUUUAUCUGUGAUGAUCAGUACAGCUAUCUCAGAUCAAGAUGUAUAGCUUUCUUCAGACAUUUCUUUCAUUUUCUUUUCUUUUUUUUUUUUUUCCAACGUGAAAGGCAAAUCCAAUUUUAAGUUUAAUGUUUUUGUGGGAGCCGUCACGGAAGCGGCCUCGCGGACGCUGUUCUUUCCAUUUCCCACCGUGCGCGGCGUCGCCCGUGCAGUUUCUGAUGGUUUUCCUCAAAAAAGAAUUGGUGUUUUCAUUUGUUCUUUCUCCUCUCGAUAGAUUGCUUGUAUAUGAAGGUUCUUUGUACCAAUUAAACUGUUUAGUGAAACAACAAAUGAGAAAAAAGGAAAUCAUGAAUUAUUUACUUUCUGUUCUUUGUUAUGAUGAAAGACAAAAUAUACAUAUAUGAUUUAAAUCUAUAAAUAUAUAUAUAAAUAUAUAUAUAUGAGAGUAGAUGUUUUUAUUCCACCUUUUUUUCCCAGGGAAGCGGCCACGAGUGGGUUUAGCGGUCCUUAGCCUGGUGGUCUUGAGUGUUGAGUGCAGGCACCCAGUCAGGAAGCAUCGGGGGGGUGAGAGUGUGCACAGGCCUUCAGCUCAAACACGCCCCGCCACACCAAACCUGCUCCCAGCCCUUAUUCAGUGAAUGUGACGACACACACACACGCCACCUUCCACCUGGAAGGAACCUGAUAGAAGAGGUGGAUUUAAUGAGACUUUCUGAUACAUAGCUGAAUGUAUGAUGGAAACUUUUUUUCCGUACUAUGUAUCUGACCGGUUCCCUCGGACGCUGUAGCGGCACGAAGCUACAGAAAAAAGUGUCAUUUGAUGGGUGAGGAGUUCUUUUUUUUUUUUAUUUUAUUUUUUUAUUUUAAAUAAAUUAUCUGAAGCGCAAACCAAGUUCGAGUAAAGCGACGAAGCGAAAAAAUUUGGUGGGGUGAUGUGCAAACGUGUUACAGUCGGCUUUGGCUGGUCAUUCGAACAAUUUCCAGCCCCGAAGCACAAACCGAACAGCACAACCAACCCCGGGUGCAGACAGGCUGUCUAUGGUGCUAAAACUACUGUACGUCCAAAAUCAAGAGCGUGUGCGGGUUUAAACUGACUUUGAGGAAUUAUAAGACGUCUUGUGACGUGAAUUUUGGGUGCACGGAGGAAAAAAAAAAAAAAACCAGGAUUGAAGCCACCUAAAAGUUGAUUUGGAGCUGGAGGGCUGUGCAGGCAGACAGAGACACACAGAAAGAAAAGGCUUGGAGAGCUGGUUUUUGAAAAUAAAAAAAUAAAAUUAAAAAAAAGCAAUCUUGUGUAUUUUUACAGGUAGAGAAUGACACAAACAAGUAAACAGAAUCAUAGAGUUCUCUUUUUUUCCUCCCUCUCUCUCUCUCUCUCUUAGUAUUGUCUUUGUAUGCCUGUAUAGUUGAUGUUGCAAUCAUGGCUUUUUUCCAGAGGAUUACCUGUGGUGUGCAUUGUUCUUCUAUGAAAUGAUAUGAUAUAUAUUUUUAAGUUUGUUUUCUUGUUUUCUAUUUUCUUUUCCUCUUCCUGUGACAGUAUCUCUGUAUGUGACUGUCUCACUAUGCACCCAAACAGCUUCAAUCUUGUAACUGCCUGCUUGAUUGUGGGAAGGGACUGGGAACUAAUAUAAUAUGCAUAUUAGUGAUUUUUAAAAAAAAAAACAAAAAAGAAAAUACAAUGAUGGACACCAGUGGAAACAGAUUUAUGGUUACAAGAGGGAUACACAUCAAUAAA